CAAGAUGCGUCCGGGUCUGGCUGCUCGGAUUGUACAUAUUUACAGGGUUUUCUAUCUAUCUAUCUAUCGAAGCCUGUUGUCUCGGAAUCAAUCGGCCAAAGUUACAUUCGGCGCGCCGGAGCCCCAUGCCGGUUUUGCAUCGUUUGUUUGCUCGGAAUGAUCCCAGGCUCGUUGGUUUCCGUCGUCAUCCGGAGGAAGGUUACUUUAACCGUUUUAGUUUGGAAGGCUUAGCGGCACGACUAGUUCGAGACAGACAAUUUUGACGACCAACUCUGGUGUUUGCCACAGCGCCGCUGCUGCUGCUGCACUAUGUUAAUAAUCGCCACUCAUCAUUGCGGACGUGGGGGUUGCAACGGUCGAGGCACCCUGUCUCUUCCAGGAAGCAUGCGCUGCAUUAGUGCAGAGGUCGAAGGAGGCCGAGACCAACAGUCCUUUCAGCUUCAACUCGUCCGGCUCGAUACUCCUUCACGCUACGUCGAUCAGACCAUUGACGAGUUGGUCAGUUGGAACAUGCGAGAGGCUCCCAACAACCAAGGCGUUGGCAGAGUCAAAAUCUUCGCCCAGCAGAUACGAGCAAUCUCGUUGGCCUUUAUUCGAAGUACAGGGACCCACGUAAGCUCAAGCCGAUUGGGAAGGCGAGCCUUGUCAAAAGCAUCAGGGCCGCGUACAUGUGUACAAUGUGGUUUUGCUAACUGCUAUCAACGCUGGCUGCUACGGCCGGCAGGCCUGAUUCAAUCUUCCCAGGAUGCGCCAAGACUCGGGAGCGGGGAGCCUCUUUUCGCUGCCGUCGACGACUGGAUCCGGACCUUAUUUUUCCACUCUCCGCCCACCCCUGUUCGCCCGCACUCGACAUGGUCGGAGAUGAGCCACCGAGCCGGGGGUGUCAGGGGGACCAUGUCAGUGUACUUGGCUCUUGAACAAGCUCCCACCAUGUCGAUGGCGCACAUCUGAUAGCCGCCCCGUAGCCAUACCCUUGUAUUAUCGCCAUCUAGACAUGCAAUACUUCGACGCAUAUGGACAUGGAGGACAACCUCAAUGGAGACUCGGGGUUUCCCCCUCGCUCUCGCAUCUGAUGGAUUCCUAUGGGCGAUCAAUAAGCGCAAUACCCCACUCCC